GGUGGGGGGUGGGAGGAGGGGGAGCAGAGGACAGAUAACUUCUUCCUUGUGGUCUAACCUGCUCUAGUACUGGGUCUUUUUUCUGCCGUAUAUCUCCUACAUUGCCCCAAAGUAAUCCACAUUGAAUACCACAUCCCUCUCUCUCUAUCUCUAGCUGCACAUUAUAUAAGAGCAGAAACUUGGACCUUAUGAAUACAUUGCCAAUGGCUGCUACUGCUGCAUUGCUCAAAGCAUGCAUUCUUUUCACAGUAUGCCAAAUAACUUGGGCAUCUUUGCUGCAAGAGCAAGAUUCAUACAUCAUACACAUGGAUGUAUCAAAGAUGCCGACUGUGUUCAGUGGCCAUGAGGAUUGGUACCAUUCUCUCUUGGCAUCAGACAGCUUUAAAGCAGCAGCAGCCACUGAUGCCAGCAUGGCCACCUUGAAACCAGUUUAUGUCUACACCAAUGCCGUCAAUGGAUUCAGUGCAAUUCUCUCAUCAUCCCAACUUGAAUUGCUCAAGAAGCAGCCGGCAUUCGUCUCCGCAUAUCCGGACAUGGAGGUGACAAGGGACACGACGCACACGUUUGAGUUCCUGAAUCUCAGCCCUGUCUCUGGCAUAUGGCAGGCUUCAAAAUUCGGUGAGGACGUGAUAAUUGGAAUGAUUGACACCGGAGUUUGGCCGGAGAGCAAAAGCUAUGCAGAUGAAGGCAUGCCUGAGGUGCCAAAGAGAUGGAAAGGCCAGUGCGACUCAGGCAUUGGCUUCAGUUCUUCCAUGUGUAAUAAGAAGCUGAUUGGUGCUCGCUACUUCAACAAGGGCCUCAAAGCCAAGGACCCUAACCUCACCAUCUCUAUGAAUUCACCAAGAGAUGUAGAGGGCCAUGGCACACACACCUCAUCCACUGCUGCAGGCAGCCAUGUGGAAGGUGCCUCUUAUUUCGGCUAUGCUGCAGGCACAGCAAGAGGAAUGGCCCCUCGAGCUCGGCUGGCCAUCUACAAGGCCCUCUGGGAAGAAGGCAGCUAUGCUUCUGAUGUCAUUGCUGCAAUUGAUCAAGCAAUUUCUGAUGGUGUGGAUGUUGUCUCCAUCUCUAUGGGCUAUGACCAAGUUCCCCUGCACCAGGACCCAGUAGCCAUAGCUGCCUUCUCAGCAAUGGAGAAGGGUAUCUUUGUGUCUUCUUCUGCUGGCAAUGAAGGGCCAAUGCUCAGCACCCUACACAAUGGCACUCCCUGGGUACUGACCGUCGGAGCUAGCACCGUUGAUCGGAAAUUUGGUGCCGUCAUCACCCUCGGCAACGGCAUCACACUUUUCGGUGCGUCUAUGUAUCCAGGGCUGGAUUCUUCACUAACAAGGGUGCCUCUGCUUUACAGUGAGGCUACCAAAGCCUGCAAUUCUAGUGAAAUGCUCAAGAAUGUCGGCAACAAGGUCGUCCUGUGUGAAUUCAAUAAGUAUACGACAGAGCAGAUCUCGACACUGGAAUAUUCCAAUGUAGCCGGCGGCAUCUUCAUAGUCAAUAGUUCUUCUGAUCUAUCGGAUGUAAUCCACGUUUUCCCGGGCGCAAUUUUGAGUCUUGAGGAUUCAAAAGCCAUUUUCAGCUACAUAAGAAAAAGUAACAAUCCAGUGGUAAGCAUCAGAUUCGGUGGCACUGCCACCGGCACGAAGCCGGCACCUUCCAUAGCGGACUAUACUUCAAGGGGACCAUCGCCAAGCACUCCCAUGGUGCUGAAACCAGACUUGGUGGCUCCAGGAUCGCUUGUAUUGGCAUCAUGGACUAUGAAUUCAUCCGCGGUGACAGUCGGCCAGAAAAGCCUGUUUACAGAUUUUAACAUCAUUUCUGGUACAUCAAUGGCCUGCCCACAUGCCUCAGGUGUUGCAGCCCUUCUCAAGUCAGUGCACCCUGACUGGAGUCCUGCUGCAAUCCGGUCGGCCAUGGUCACGACUGCCAGCAUUUUAGACAAUACCAACGAUCCAAUUCAAGAUGGAGGACAGCCGGCUUCGCCAUUAGCCAUGGGAGCUGGCCAAAUUGACCCCAACAACGCCAUGGAUCCUGGUUUGGUUUACGAUGCCGGCCGCGACGAUUAUGUGAAACUGAUCUGCAGCUUGAAUUACACAAAACGGCAGAUUCAGACUAUAACUCGGUCGCCGUCCGAGGUCGAUGAUUGUGCUGAUAUCGACCUGGACCUGAAUUAUCCAUCUUUUAUUGCUUUCUUCACUGGCAAACAACAUCCUAAGGUGAAAACAUUCAAAAGGGUAGUGACCAAUGUUGGUGAUGGCGGUGCUACUUACAGAGCAGAGUUAAAACAGAUGAAAGGUUUUCUGGUGACUGUGAGCCCAGAAACUUUAGUGUUUCAGAAGAAGAAUGACAAAGCAUCUUUCGUGCUGACAAUAGAAAGGACAAGCCCUACGGAGGAAGAUGUUGUCAGUGGCUCACUGAGUUGGAUAGAAAGCCAAGGAAAUCACGUGGUUAGAAGUCCUGUCGUGGCUACGAAGAUAGAUGCUAAACCCUUGUCGUAAAAUUAUUUGGUACAUGAAAUUCUUGUGAUAUGAUUGAAUAACUACAAAUUUGAUUAAGCAAAAAUAUGUAAAGCAAGGUGAAAAAAAUUGUAUUGGUACAUGAAAUUCUCGGGAUAUGAUUGAAGAACUAUAAAUUUGAUUAAGCAAAAAAUAUGUAAAGCAAGAUGAAAAAAAUUGUACAGUUCAGUGGAGCACAGAGAUGCAAUAAUCUCUUGCGCUUUCUUCCCUAAACGUGGAUUUUAGAUGAAGCCCUACUUUUUCUUUUC